ACACUCUUAGUUGGGUGCAGGGUGCGGCUCAGGGCGUGGUCACCGGGGGAUACUUAGGGCGGCCAGUGCGGGGGACGACGCGGAGGUUAGCUGCGAGCUGCUGAGCACUCAGUGCUGGUCAUGGCGUGGAUAUUGGACUGCCUUUUCGCGUCGGCCUUUGAGCCCCGCCCCCGCCGUGUGAGCGUCCUGGGAGGAGCCCCAGGACACAACCCUGAUCGCAGGACGAAGAUGGUAUCCAUACACAGCCUCUCCGAGCUGGAGCGUCUAAAGCUGCAAGAGACUGCUUACCACGAACUCGUGGCCAGACAGUUCCUCUCCGAUUUCAAACCUGACAGAGCUCUACCCAAUGACCGUCCAAACACCCUGGAGAAGUGGUUUCUAAAUCUGAGAGGACAACCGAGGGCCGAAUCAUUCAAGACAUUUGGCAUCCGCCUGGAAGAGGUGGUGGUGAAUGAGCUUACCCACCGCAAGCAGCUUGAACUGACAGCCAGGAUGCAGGCUGAAGGAGCCACGGGUGCAGGCCAUCGUAGUCGUCGGGGAAACGUGGUGCAAAGGAUGUUUGGCCGCACCGGGCGCUCUUUCAGUCGCAGUAGGAAUGAGCCCACCUUGCCCAGGGAGUUCACUCGCCGUGGCCGUCGAGGUGCAGUGUCUGUGGAUAACCUGUCUGAGCUGGAGAAUGGGAUUCUGCUGCUGCAGACCCUGCAACUUUCAAAACUUUCCUUUCCAAUUGGCCAGCGACUUCUGGGGUCCAAAAGGAAGAUGGGCCUCAAUCUGAUUGCUAACCAAGUCCCCCAGGUUGUUGAGACUUGCUGCAAAUUCAUUGAGAAAUAUGGUGUAGGCGCAGUGGGGAUUUUCACCGAUGAGUUCUCCUUGGAGAAAGUGUUUGAGCUCCGUGAAGAAUUUGAACACUGUCUGGAUAUAGUGUUGGAUGAUAAUCAGAAUGUGCAUGACGUGGCUGCACUCCUUAAGGAGUUUUUCCAUAACAUGAAGGACUCUCUACUUCCAGAUGAUCUAUACAUGUCAUUCCUCCUGACAGCAACUCUGAAGCCCCAGGACCAGCUUUCUGCCCUGCAGUUGCUGGUCUACCUGAUGCCACCCUGCCACAGUGACACCCUGGAACGUCUGCUGAAGGCCUUGCAUAAAGUCACUGAGAACUGCGAGGACUCAAUUGGCGUUGAUGGACAGUUGGUUCCAGGCAACCGGAUGACUUCUACCAACUUGGCCUUGGUGUUUGGAUCUGCUCUCCUGAAAAAGGGAAAGUUUGGCCAAAGGGAAUCCAGGAAAACAAGGCUGGGGAUUGACCACUAUGUUGCUUCUGUCAAUGUGGUCCGGGCCAUGAUUGAUAACUGGGAUGUCCUCUUCCAGGUGCCUCCGCACAUUCAGAGACAGGUUGCUAAGCGUGUCUGGAGAUACAGCCCGGAAGCUCUUGAUUUUAUCAGACGCAGGAACUUGAGGAAAAUCCAGAGUGCACGCAUAAAGAUGGAAGAGGAUGCUUUGCUUUCUGAUCCAGUGGAAACCUCUGCUGAAGCCCGGGCUGCUGUCCUUGCUCAGAGCCAGCCCUUUGAUGAAGAUUCCUCUGAGGAGCCAGCUGUGCCUCCCGGCACUGCCCGUUCCCCUGACGAUGAGGAAGGAGCGGGUAACCCUCCCAUUCUGGAGCAAGACCGCCCAUUGCUCCGUGUGCCCCGGGACAAGGAGGCCAAAACUGGCACCAGCUACAUCCUUCCUUAGAUGUUUUUCCUUCUAUCAGUUGCCGGACAGGGGAAAAGGGUGGGGGCAGACCUGAGAUGUGACAGGAUACAUUAGGGAGAAUGUUGAAGGUAAAGGUCUGAGGGUCAGCAGCAGUUCCACCUGAUGCUCGGGUCAGGACUGGAAUUCCAAACACACUGCCAGCCCCUUCACUGGGGAUGCUUGAUCUCUUCAGCUGGUAAAAGCAGAGAUGUUUCUGUGUCAUGCCCAGGCUCCCUGCUGCUGCCUCACCUUCCCUUUUACCCCUGAUCUUGGCCUUCUCUCACUACAGUUCUCCUUUUAAUUGAUGUGACAUUUGUGGUAAACAUGUGUCCCAGAGAAGCUCACAAAUCUCGAGGUGCUUUCCCUCCCCCAAAGGGGAUUGCAUGCUUUUCCUGACUUUCCUACCCUCCUCCCAACAGCUCAAUUGGAAAGGCCCUCAAGAGGCUUGCUAGAACGUUAGGUCAGCCUACUGACAGCUGACAAACAAUUAAUGCUAAAUCAUGUCACACCAACUCAUAGCCGUGUCCCUGCAGCAACUCCAUCAUCUCAGAAUUUUUUUUCCAAAUUAUUUAGACCGAUGGCUCGUCAAACAACCGCUUCCAAAAUUCUGUGCAGUUUCGCUCAGGUCACGCCAAUAGGGAAACCUUAAGUACAAAUCUAACUAGUGUUUCUGGGGUCAAAAGUUAGAGGAAAAAUUAGAUGUUAUUACCUGAAUUACUUUUAAAGACAGCUGCCAUCUAUACCCUGUUGCCAACAAAAUAGCUAGUUAGGUAAGAACACACAGUUCCAAGUAGUUAAAGUCACCUGAUUACAAGCAUUCUUAUCUAUCGCCUCUGUAAUUCCCCUGUACAGGACGGUACAAAUUUGCGGGCAUGCUCCGGUAACUCACAGGUGUGGGUUAUGUAUGACAUCCAAAAUUAUAGCUGAAAUUAUGGGUAACAACUGCUAACGUCCAUAGAAUGAAGAAUGCAUUGUAUUGAGGGAUAGAAAUUGAUCAUACAAUGGGUAACAACCGCAGAGCUCGAAGAUUUGUGAUUGUUAAAACUUCUCUGGCGUUUUGUCAUCAAUAAACAUCUGUAUUGUGACAGCAGCAUA